GUGGCCCGCAACUUUCGGGUGUAAACAAUGGACGACAUAACCUGCACGCGCUCGCGAAUGUUGUCAUGUGCUAUCGACGAUGAUUCCUGAAAGGAUGCUAGUAUUUCGGAAGCAUCGCGUGACCACGGGCUACGUAAUACACUCUGAAAACUCGCCGCGAGAAAACUGAAGUGGAACGUCGACGAGUGAACGGGUAUAAAGAGGGAAAAGAGCUGCGCUCUGACACUUGUACCGCACCGGUCCCGGGUGGAAACUUUCACGAGAGAAGAGGAAUAAAAGUAGAGGACACUUUUAUUUAUUACCGCAAUAUCGAAUGUCAACGAAGAUGCCAGUUUAUCAAGAAGCCGAAUGCUGGACAAGCACUCAUAGUAACCGACGUUUCAGCAAAUCCAAGCACAGACGAUUAUUGUUAUUCAUCCGGGCUCUAUGUACCUUCGCAUGGGCCGCGCUUCGGACUUGAAACCCGUUACGUUGCUGCACGCCGUCGCGAGGAGACGUUUACCAAAUGGCACGAAAUACAAGGACAGCCUCUUACCGCCAACCGUGACACUGACGAAGGAGCUGACACAAGCGAUGGAGGAGUCCCGGCUGCAGGUAUCCCACACUCUUCAGUCCUGCUUGCAGUCGGACGGUAACCGUAGAUACGCUACGCCUCCGCAGCAGAUAGCCGCUUUCAAUCGCAGAUCAAGCCCGGAGCUCUCCUCUCCCGGCAACAUGAAGUGGACGACGACCGAUCGUGACAUAGUUGUCGGUGACGAUAUCUUGUCGUUAGAUCCGGAGGAGGAGUGCAAUUUUAAUGUCCAUUUUCCGUAUAGAAGGGGGGAGCUUAAUAUACAUUCGAGUCCAGGCGGUAGCAUAAUGGCUGUCGUGGCGGAUUUAAAAACCAUCUGGGAAUAUGUGCUGGCUGAGAAGCUGGAUAUUCCCCUCAAAGAUUUGAAGCACUAUCGCGCGGUGCUCGUUAUACCCGACAUUUAUCAUCGGCCGUAUCUAAAGGAAUUGAUGACCCUUUUACUGGACGAAAUUGGUUUUGGACGCUGUAUUCUAUUGCAAGAUCAUGUAGGCGCGAUGUUUGGAGCGGGUCUGGGUUACGCGUGUAUAGUAGACAUCGGGGCGCAGAAGGUGUCGGUGUCGUGCGUGGAGGAUGCGAUCUCUCACAAGGACACGCGCGUGCGUAUGGAUUAUGGCGGCGCGGAUGUCACGCAGACGUUUCUCUGGCUCUUGCAAAAAUCCGCAUUUCCGUAUAAAUCGUGCGAUCCCACCAACAAGUUGGACGUGCUGCUCUUGGAGCAGUUGAAGAUAGACUUUUGCCACGUGGAUCUGAAUGUGUGCGGCUCGCAGGAGAAAACGUUCGUUGUCAGGAAGCCGAAACAACAAACGAGAACGUAUACCUUGCAGGUCGGCGAUGAAUGCUUAAUAGCACCUUUGAGCUUAUUUCAACCUGAGCUGUUCAGAAUCACUGGUACGCAUAAUGUUCACGUCCAGAAACGAUCGUUAGGAGACCCGGAAGAUCCUUACGAUGAGAAUUAUCUGAGAGAGACAAGUAGACGUGGGAUGAAAGAAACUCUGGAUCAUUCGUCAGAAAUGCAGGAGGAGGCUGCUGCUGCACCCGCAGCCGUGGGCGACGACGAAGUUGUAGUCGACGCUGUCGGUGAUCCUGUACCUAGUUUGUCAAAUCGCGAUUUGGAAGCUCCCCGAGAUUUCGUGAUCCCGCAACAACUGUUGGGUCUUGACCAAGCGAUAUUACAGAGCAUCGAGCGAUGCUCCAACGAAGAUCUCAAAAGGAAAAUGUACAGUUGCGUGUUAGUCGUGGGUUCGGGCUUGAAAUUUAAAGGUAUCGGCAUGUGGCUUCGCAAUCGAAUAUCUCUUCAAACUCCUUACAUGUACAGGCCCGAACAACUAGAUAUUAUAACACAGCCGAAGGAUAUGGAUCCCGGUAUGACGACGUGGAAAGGAGCGGGGAUUCUAAGCUGUUUGGAGUCUGCUCAGGAAUUGUGGAUCACUCGCACCGAAUGGCAUCGCUGGGGCAUUAGAAUAUUGAGGGAAAGAUCUCCUUUCUUGUGGUAGAAAAGAUUUUAUAUU